AUGGCAUUCUUCGGCUUCCGCGCUUACCCCACCCCGCUGUUGAAGCCCAUGUGGCCCUUCUUCGUCGCCGCCGGUGUUGUCUUCUACGGAGUCAACAAGCUGCAGGACAUGGCUGUCUCGACCGAGGAGGCUUCCAAGGACCCCCGUAACCCAUACGCGUUCAUCGUCUUCGACUCGCUCCUCAAGGGAUUCACGAGGUUCCACAAUUGA